UGACGUCACCAGAGCCAGAUUUGUGAAGAAUAAGCAGACAGGAGAACAAGCCCGAGGUGCGGCACUUUAUAUCGCGUCGUCCUUUCAUAGAGAGAGAACAGAUAAUCUGUUCAAUAUUUUAGAGACCCAAUGCCUGGUCCCACCCAAGCACUGUCCCCAAAUGGAGAGAAUAACAACGACAUCAUCCCAACGGACGGAUCCAACUGCAUUCCUUACAGAAAAAAUACAGUGCGAGGAGAGCGCGCCUACAGUUGGGGGAUGGCGGUCAACGUAUAUUCUACCUCAAUAACCCAGGAGACUAUGAGCAGGCAUGACAUCACUGCCUGGGUUAACGAUCUUCUCGGUCUGAACUACACUAAAGUGGAGCAGCUCUCCUCAGGAGCGGCCUACUGCCAGUUCAUGGAUUUGCUCUUCCCUGGCUGCGUCAGUCUUAAGAAGGUUAAGUUCCAGGCUAAAUUCGAGCAUGAGUACAUUCACAACUUCAAGCUGCUGCAGGCCUCCUUCAAGAGAAUGAAUGUGGACAAGAUUAUUCCUGUGGAAAAGCUGGUGAAAGCUAGAUUUCAGGACAACCUUGACUUCAUCCAGUGGUUCAAGAGGUUCUUUGACGCCAACUACGACGGUAAAGAUUACGACCCACUUCAGGCCAGACAGGGUCAGGAUGCCAUCCCCCCACCUGACCCCGGUGAGCAGAUCUUCAACCUGCCUAAGAAGUCUCAACACCACGCAGCCAGCUCCCCCACUGCAGGAGCCACCAGGGCGAGCGCAACAACCCCGAAACAAAACCCUUGCAGCCCCCAUCCGUCCUCCAGACCCUCUUCAGCCAAAAGAAUCCCAGUUGCAACGACAACUCUGGCCAAAGGAGAGCGGGAACUGGAAGCACAGGUCACAUUGCUUAAUGACCAGGUGAACACAUUAAAACUUGCACUGGAGGGGGUGGAGAAGGAGAGGGAUUUUUACUUUGGAAAGCUGCGGGAGGUGGAAGUGCUGGCACAGGAGCAGGGUCAGGAGAGCGCACAGUUCGUGGAGAGGCUAAUGGAGAUCCUGUACUCUGCAGACGAACAGGAAGGUGCAGGAGAGGGGGAGGGAGAGGAUGUGGACCCAGGGGUCCAUGAAGAGGAGGUUCCUGAUGAUCAGCAGGAUGAGUACUGACUGCCAUCCCUCCCUGUCCCCACCACCAUGCCCUUUUGCUUUGUGAGAACUUUGUUACAGGUUAGAUAUUUUUGUUUCUUUUAUAUUUAAUUUUUUCCCUCAUGGUUUAUUUCUUUUUGGUUUUCCUGAAGACUGAGCACAUGAAGCAACCUCAUGAAAAGGAGCACGACCCUUUUUUUUUUUUUUUGAUAUCCCUCCGCUGUUCUGCAUUCUGUGUGUUUUGUUGACUGUCGGUGAAAUGCUGUGGGCAGGUUGCUGUUAUUACAUACCGCCACAUGCAGAAAAGCUCAGACCAUCACAGAAUUUUCCAAGGGCAGUGAAAAAGGGUGAAAAUAUAAGUCAUUCAAAAUUCUCGAUUUUAUUAAAUGGUAGUAUGGAGUAGACAGAUAUUGUUUUUAUCUGACGUGUUACGUAUGUUGCCAGCCUCGGUCGGUCCCAUGAUCCAUCCAUUAUGUACGUUGUUUCAAAGUUAAUGUUUAUUUUAAAACUUGUACAUAUCAACCAUAUUAAUCAUGAGAAUGCAAUAAGCAAAAGCCCUGAAGGGCCGGUAGUAGCUCCUAUUUAACCUUCCUCCAUAUGUUGCACUGACAUUUUACUCUGGAAUGGACAAUCUGUCCAUAGAUUCUCACAAUUCACACAAUUACAAAUUAAUUGCAAAAACAAUAUUUAUUAAAAGCUAAGAAGACUUGAUAUUGCCUCUACGCGAAGGGAGGCAGUACAGUCCAUGAGAAUCAUGAAUGAAAAGUAGUAGUUAGUAAGUUAGUUAGACCAAUUAUGACUAGUAUGUGACUAUCUUCAGAAAUUCAAAGAAUUUUGAUAAUCAGUGUGUACUCAAAAAUGCCUUAUUUGGUGCUACAGUGACAGAAACAAGGUUGAUUCAUCAGUAUGGCUUCAUCAUAAGAGAAGGGAGAACAUUUUAGUGUAGACUAGUAUGAUCACAAUAAAACAUUUUUUUAACUUCAAGAGCAACUAGCCACCGUCGUAUUCUAUGGAAGUCGGGUAUAUUUCAGAUGUUUUCAUAUGAUUUUUGAACCACAGGUCUUAGGGAAAGUUGUGAGUCAGUUCACUGAGUAAUUUGACAUACUAUAUUCCAAGUACGUAUAUUGUAUACCCUUUCUUAAUGUUGCAUUUAUUCUUAUUGAACUCGGCAGUGCACCAUAAUGCUUUAGUCGUAUAUUGUGUAAAUGAAAAGGAAUGUAAACAUGUACUGUCAAUAAUUAUAAAUAGAUCAUGUUUUUUCUUCUGAUGUCCCACUCAUUAUGCAUUCCCCAAAAUGUGUUGCAUGUUUGCAUUUUAUUUGUGAAUAACUUGACCUGCUUUUUACAUAUUUAAUAAAAAAACAACUAUGUUAAGUGAGCUGUGUUUUGUAUGUUGAACUUGCUAUUUAAAACUGUUGAGAUUUGGAUGGAUUUGCUGUAAUAAAACCUUUCACCUUUUCAGUCAAA